UAAUUACUUAGUUCAAAGGUAAAAUAAAAAUAGUUGUUUAAUCAAAAGCUCAUUGUGCAUUAAUAUGAAUAAAAGCAAUAUAAAUGUUACAAGUAGGGGAGGAAAGAAACACAUUUGUUGUAUCUGCAUUAGGUAGUGUCGGAACUGGCAAGUCUAGUUUAUUGAAUGCGAUUACUGGUGAAUAUACUUUUGAAACUGGUGAUGGAACUAAUGCUACUACAAAAAGUAUAAAUGGAAUUACAAAAGAAUGGAAAUUUGCACCUUCUUUAAAAUACUGUCACUUAAUUGAUACUCCAGGAUUAGUGGAUUCGAAUGUUCAAGAUCGUCAAGUAAUUCAUGAAAUGACAAAAUAUUUUAAAUCUUUACAACAUGGUGUAAGUGCUUUUUUUUUAGUUUUUAAUAUAAAUGAUAUUAGACUUGAUGCAUAUACACAAAAUAUGCUUAUUUUAUUUCAUCAAUUGCUUGGUAAAGAUUUCUGGAAUUUUGUUAUAAUUGUAUUUACGCAUGUUGAUGAAGAUUUAAGGGAUGAUUUAGAGGAUAAUAUUGAUGCUGUCAUAGAAAGUCAAGAUGGAUUUGUUUCAGAAAUUAGAAGAAUAUAUAAGCUUUCAAAGUCAUUUCAACCAUCUGUCAUUUUUACUUCUACCCUAAAUGUUAGGUCAAGUAGUUAUACUCAGAGACAUAUUCGAGAAUUAUGUCAUGCUGUUAGUAUGUGUGAGGCCAGAAAUAAUGGAAAACGCUUCACGUGUAAAUGGUUAAGACAAAUAUUGACAAUUCCUAACGAAGAACAGAAAUCCAAUUUUAUCAAAGAAAGUAUCAAAGAUGUUUGGUCUUCUAUGUCAAAUGCUUGUCAAAUGCAAUAAUCAUAUCAUGUUUAAAAACUACUAGCAUGAAAUAAACGG